AUGGCUAAUGAGCCGAGCGAGUACAGAAAGGGGAACUGGACGGUUGAAGAAACCACGGUUCUUAUAGAAGCUAAGAAAAUGGAUGACGAGAGACGAUUAAUGAUUAGGCAUGGUGGCGAAAGCAGUAGUUCUGGCAAACCAGGAAAAUUAAGAUGGAAACGUGUAGAAGAUUACUGUUGGAAAAAUGGGUGUUUGAGAAGCCAAAACCAGUGCAAUGACAAGUGGGAUAAUUUGAUGAGAGAUUUCAAGAAAGUGAGAGAGCAUCAGAGGAGAGUGGCAGGUGGUGGUGACGACGGAGGAGAGAAAUCUUAUUGGAUGAUGGACAAGAAUGAGAGGAAGGAACACAGCUUGCCGUCAAAUAUGUUGCCUCAGAUAUUUGAUGCACUGGUCGAGGUAGUGGAGAGGAAAGGUCCGGCGGUGAUGGUGAGCGGUGGCGGCGGUGGUGGCGUGAUUGUUCCGGCCGCUGCGGCUCAAACAAUGCUUUUACCCCUCCAGCCACCGGCGCAACCACCUUCCAGCCCCUUUGCAGAGCCUUCGUUCCCAACAGUAGACUCUGAUACGGGUGGGCAUUCAGAAUCGCCAGCCAAGAGAAGAAGAAGAAGAAGCCCAGAACGUGGAGGUGAUGGUGGCGCCGGCGCCGUGGGUGGUAGCAGUUUGCAAGAAGUUUGCAGUGCAAUUUCUCAUAGUGGUUCCAUUAUAGCAGAAGCAAUUCAGUCACGUGAAGAGAGAGAAGAGAGAAGACACAUGGAAGUGUUGAGUUUGCAUGAGAGAAGACUGCAAAUUGAAGAGUCAAACGCUGAGAUUAACAGGCAAGGCAUUAAUGGCCUAGUUGAUGCCAUUAACAAACUGGCAAAUUCUAUCCUUGCUUUGGCUUCCCACAAAAACCAACCAGAUCCUAAAUAA